CCUCUCACAGGCGGGCAGAGGCUCAUCUACCUCCGUGUUGCGCUCUUGUAUUCUCCUGGGGUUUUAUUCAUAGGUUCUUGGGGUUGUCAAAUAUGGCUGCAGUUGUUGCCAGACACAAGCAUUUCGGUCAAGAAUACCUCAGUACUGAGUCUAAAUAUGUUGUUCGGGAAUACUCCAGCUCUGCGGCAGAAGAGGUGAAGUAUCAAUACCAAACACAGAAGAGAAUCCAGGGAGUGGUGGAGAAGAAGAUGCCUGAGAAAUACAUCCGUGAGGAGUCCAUGAUCAGGGGCCCCAAGUUUGUGGUUAGACUGAGGUCCCAUACAGUGUAUGAAAACAGUGCUAUUAAACUUUUCUGCACUGUGGAGGGAUAUCCCACCCCACAAGUCAAAUGGUUCAAGGAUGAUGUCAUCUUGGAUAUUUCUUCUGGAAAGUACUUUGUGGAGAGCAAUGCUGGAUUCCAUGCCCUCUCCAUCCUCAAGUGUGCAACUGAUGACACUGCGAUGUACACGGCUGUAGCCUCAAACACUCAUGGACAGGCCUCCACCCAGGCCUCCAUCAUUGUGAAGAGGUGCAAAGAGGAAGAAACGUCCACUCCUUAUUCCUGGAUGCCUUACCAGUAUGUCAUUUUACCUGAGAUCAAGUAUACGAAGAUUAACAUCACCUUCACUGAGACGUUUGACGUGACCUUUGGAAAAGAAGGCGAUAAGGCCACUUUGACCUGCAAGAUGACUAUUAACCCCAACCUUGCUAACCUGCAGCCUGAGGCGAUGUGGUACAGAGAUGAGCACCUCCUGAAAGAGUCGAGGUGGGUGAAAAUGGAGUCUGGCGGAGGUGUUGCCAAGCUCACGCUUACUCAGCUCGCUAAGGAUGAUGAGGGUCUUUACACCCUCCGCAUGGUCACCAAGGGAGGCGAUGCGGUCCACAGGGCUUACGUCUUCGUUGAUGUGAUUCCCUCUGCCGCGGAAGGCCCCAUCGUUGGAUACUUUGUUGACAGAUGUGAAGUUGGAACAGAGAACUGGGUGCAGUGUAACGACUCGCCUGUAAAGAUCUGCAAGUAUCCUGUGCAGGGCCUGUUUGAGGGACACUCUUAUUACUUUCGCGUGCGUGCCGUCAACUCUCGUGGCAUUGGCAGACCCUCCAGAAUGUCUGAGCCCAUUGCCGCUCUGGACCCUACAGAGUUUGAGAGACUUCAUGCCACAAAACUUGGUGGAAGACUUGAUGUUGUGACUUACUAUGAUGACCUUGAAGCCGAGGGAAAAGCUCCGGGACCUCCCUCUAAAGUCUGUGCUUCAGAGACGGACCGAACAUAUGUUGUGCUCAGUUGGGUCCCUCCAGUCUACCAUAGCAAAGCCCCCAUGUGGUAUUACAUUGAGAAGCUUCAAGUGGGAGCUGGAUCCUGGCAGAGAGUGAACACUAAAGUACCCAUCAGAUCUCCUCGCUAUGCCGUCUUCGACCUGCUAGAGGGAAAGGAUUAUCAGUUCCGUGUGGUGUCUGCUAACAUGUACGGCGUCAGUGAGCCUUCAGAGCCCUCCAGUACUGUAACAACCCUGCAGUUGAAGGGUGUGCCCUCGGCUCCUGGACAAGUCGUUGCAACCAGAGAGACAGAAACUUCUGUUCUAAUCCAGUGGGCACCUCCAAAGGAUCCCAAUAACCUGAUUGGAUAUUACAUUGAUUCUUGUGUGAAAGGAUCUAAGGACUGGACCUCUGCCAAUCACAAGCCCCAUAAGCAGACUAGGUUUGUUGUGCAUGGACUGACCACCGGUGAGACGUAUGGCUUCCGUGUUCAAGCCAUCAACGAGCUGGGUCUCAGCGAUGAAUCCCAGGAAUCGGCCCCUCUUUCUGUGAGAGCCGCUCUUAAGCUGCCCUCUUUUCCUUAUGACAUCUCUCUUCUCUACUGUGAUGGGGAAUCCAUGCUGCUCAACUGGAAGCAGCCCCUUCAUUCUGGAGGAGCAGAUGUCACUGAUUAUUACAUUGACAAAUGCAAUGUGGCCAAGAAGACAUGGAAGGAGGUCAACGUCCCACCCAUUAAGGAAACACUGCACAAGGUUGGAGGUCUGACAGCUGGGUCAGUGUAUCAGUUUAGGGUCUAUGGAGCUAAUUUGACUGGACUGGGUGAUGCCUCGACCCCUAGCUCUCCCUUCAAAUGCGAGGCUUGGACCAUGCCUGAGCCAGGUCCAGCCUAUGACGUGACCUUCACUGAAGUAAGGGAUGAUUCGGUGGUGGUGGAGUGGAAGGCUCCUGUCUACAACGGCGCCAGUGCCAUCACUGGAUACUUUGUUGAGAAAUCCAAGAAAGGCUCGGAUAACUGGAGCAAAGUCAACGAAAGUUCAGUCAACCACUGCUAUCUUAAGGUCAAGGGUCUAGAAACAGGCGAGUCUUAUGGGUUCCGUGUGCGGGCAGAGAACACCAAUGGCAUUGGGGUGGCUUCAACCCCCUCUGACCCUGUGUGCAUCAAGGCACUGUCAGGCACCCAGGAAAUCAAAUGUGGCGUCGAUGAGGAAUCAGGUGACAUUUAUCUCUCUUUUGAGAGCUGCCAAAUGGCGGAGAAAUCAAAGUUUGUGUGGAAGAAGUCCUACCAAGAAAUGACUGACUUCUCUAAGGGAAUCAUCGUGAAGACAUCAGGCAGCCACUCAACUUUGCUUUUUGAGAACCCAGACAAAGAGGAUUUGGGCACAUACUCUGUGUCUGUUACACAUACUGAUGGUGCCUCCGCCAGCUACAAGAUCUCAGCAGAAGAGCUGGAGAAGAUGUUGGCCCUCAGCUAUGACAUACGCAACCCAAUUAUCCCUCUGAAGACUGAACUGGCCUAUAAGAUUCUAGAGAGAGGCCGUAUGCGCUUUUGGCUGCAAGCUGAGGGCAUCUCCUCUGCUGUGACCUACAAAUUCUUUGCCAAUAACAAGGAGCUUGUCAACUGUGAGCAAACUAAAAUGAGUCACGAUGCAGCUACAGGCAUUAUUGAGAUGGUGAUGGAUCAUUUCACUGACGACAGCGAGGGCACUUUCACCGUGCAGAUCCAAGAUGGCAGAGCCAAGGCCCAGUCCUCUCUGGUGCUGAUCGGAGACGCCUUCAAGGCAGCGCUGGCUGAGGCGGAAUACCAAAGGAGGGAAAACCUAAUGGACAUGGCUUAUCGCUGA